AUGAGUGCCACAAAUGCAAGUUUUUCCCAGAAUAUCUCCAUUGUUCAUCCUGAAUACUUUUUCAUCACUGGACUUUCAGGUAUACCAUACAGCAAUUGUUACUAUAUUUUCCUGUUCUUCGUUUAUUUUGUUGCUGUAAUUGGGAAUUCUGUAGUCCUUUUCAUAAUAGCUCUUGGCCGGAGUCUGCACAGUCCAAAGUACAUUGGUGUAUUUAACUUGGCCCUGGCUGACAUUGGUGAAACUAAUGCUCUGAUUCCUAACAUGAUGAGAACUUUUCUUUUCGAGUCACAGUACAUCUCCUACAAUGGUUGUUUGGCAAACAUGUUUUUUGUGUUCUUCUUUAGUAGUACACAAUGUCUCACUCUUGUUGUCCUGGCAUAUGAUCGCUUCAUUGCAAUUUGCUUGCCACUAAGAUACCAUGCCAUUGUUAAUAAUACUGUCAUGUCUUUAAUUUUUUCAGCAAUAUGGGCUUUUAACGCUUUUCUGGUAGCCUUGACAGUGUAUUUUAUCAACCGACUUUCUUUUUGUAAAUCCAAUGUGAUCCAAAGUUAUUUUUGUGACCAUGGACCUGUAUAUAGAUUGUCAUGUAAUGACAAUAGCAUUAAUUAUUUAAUGACAAUACUCAGCACAGCUUUAUACCUUGUCACACCAUUGACCAUUAUAGUCCUGUCUUAUCUUGGCAUUUUUCUUGCCUUAAGUAAAAUUACAACUUGGGAGGGACGCUUUAAGGCUCUGAAGACCUGUGUUUCUCACCUUUUGUUGGUGGGAUCACUUUUUCUUCCCCUUACAUGCAUUUACAUUGUUGCAUCAACUACUUCUCUCUCUCCUAAUGCAAGAGUCAUCAGCACAUCUCUGGCAAAUGCUGUUCCACCAAUGCUAAAUCCUAUCAUUUAUGUUAUAAACACAGCUGAAAUCAGAGACUUUAUUCGAAAAAAAAUAAAAAAUAGAUCUCUACUAAUUAAGAGUAUUUCAAAUUGA